AUGUCACAACAAAACCACUACCAAUUCAUCGUCGUAAUGACCUGCUCUGGAUGUUCCAACGCCAUCAACAGAGUGUUGUCGAGACUUGAGCCUGAAGUUUCUAAGAUUGACAUAUCGCUGGAAAACCAGACUGUUGACGUUUUUACAUCCCUUCCUUAUGAUGUUAUAUUGGAUAAGAUCAAGAAGACUGGCAAGGAAGUAAGAUCUGGGAAGCAGCUUUAA